AUGAAGCGUUCACCUAAGGAACAUGCUGUUCCCUUAACUACUCUUAGAGACCGUGUUGACAAUAGGGUUAACAUUGAUUGUACAAAAACUGGUCCAGAGCCACUUCUGUCUCAGUUUGAGGAGGCCAAACUUGUAAACCAUUUGAAAGAAUUAGCUUCUGUUGGAUAUGGUUAUACAAGGACAGAAGUACUCACCAUGGCAACAGAUUAUGCCAUUCAUCUUGGAAAGAAACGGAUGGAAGAAAAAUGCUUAAGCAAGCAAUGGUUCUACAGUUUUAUGGGCAGAUGGCCAGAAUUAAGAGUUGUUAAACCAUCAAGUUUGUCGGAAUUAAGGGCCAGAUGUGCAUCAGAAACUUCAAUAAGAUCAUACUUCAGUGAACUUGAAUCAAUUCUUGAUAAGUAUAACUUAAAGGAUAAGCCCCAUUUGAUAUAUAACAUCGAUGAAAAGGGAAUGAAUACCGAGUUUAAGCCCCGUAAUAUAGUUGCAGGAAAAGGAUACCAUCCUCAAACUGUUAUGUCAGAAAAAAGUAAAACAAUUACAGUUAUCGGUGCUGGGAAUGCACUAGGAAAUCAAAUCCCGCCAUACUUUGUUUUUCCAGGUCAGCGGAUGAUGCCGGAACUUUUGAGAGGGAAAUCCGUUGGUGCUGACGGAACGAUGACACCUAGCGGAUGGUCAAACUCUGAAGUUUUCCGUUCGUAUAUGAAAAACCACUUUUUAAAGUAUGUUCAAGGUCGAGAUCAGUCUGCGACUAUACUUGCCCUUUAUGACGGUCACAGAAGCCACAUUUCUUUAGAUCUAAUAGAUUGGGCUAAAAACAACAAUGUUAUUCUAUUUGUUCUGCCUCCUCACUGCUCACAUAUUUUGCAACCAAUGGAUGUAGGUUGCUUUGGACCCUUUCAACUAAAAUACAAUCAGGAAUGUCUAUCUUUUUCACGUUUGAAUCACAAAACAGUCACCCGUUAUGAUGUAUGUGCUCUUGCUUGCAAAGCCUACACUGCUGCCUUGUCGCCAACCAAUAUUCAGGCAGCAUUUUCAAAAUCUGGUAUCUAUCCUUUUCAAUCAGCCGAUAGCAUGAUAGAAAAACUAUAG